AUGGGUGGGACUUACUGGUACUACUACAAGGUCGAUGAGGAUGACGAAUGCCACAAUCCUUCCGAGGAGUCGACGACAUUUUGUCCUCUUCUGCCAGGGCAGCGCCUUAAUGUCUUGGAUGUGCCCCGCGAAGGGGGACACAGCCGCAGCAUCUCAGAUACCUCUUCCGCUUUCACACGCGACCCCAAAGAUAGGUAUCUGACUCCAGUACCACCGGCGAGCCUAAGGCCUGGACUGCCUCCGAGAUCAGUGCGUCAUGCCCGAAGCGCAUCAGCAUCUCCCUACAUGCCGUCUACUCCCAUAUUCCCGGACUUCAAGGUUCUGAAAGAGAAGUUGGCAUCGAAACGAUCAGCUUCGAGGAAUCGCAGCGGAUCAAAGACCAGAGAGCUAGACAUCAGUGCGCCAGUGCUUGUCAGUGGAGGAGAGGAGCUCAACCUCAUUCCGUUGUCUGUGUACCGACCCUCAAUCGAGUCUAUCAGAGAGGUGGAAAUACCCACCACAACAACGUCGCGCGCAGUACCGAACAUCCGAAGGGAGUUCUCUCCGCUGGCAUCGCAUCCUGUUGAUCCCGUCCACGACUCAUUGUUUGGACCUGCAGAGCUGCCCACUCCUGAUGAGCGCCCUACCAGGCGUCGCCGCUCACACGUUCCCUCAACUGUGAUCACAAGCGAGUUCAAGGUCGAGCAAAGUCGCCUUCGUGCCAACUCUAGCGACACAAGACGAACUCAGCAUUACCUGUUCUCUAAUGAUCCUUGGCUUUCUUCUCCUAAGCUUCAACAAGACUUCGAAGUGGAGGAUCGUGUGGUGGAGGAUGACACCCCAUCUGCGCCCGUACUCUCACGGCCGUCGACCUUCCUCGGUGCUCCUAUGUCGAAUGAGCGACCCACCUCAAGCCACGGUGGCAAUCAAAGCACAAAUCUCCGACAGUCACCACUGGACAAAGAACUUCCAGCCCUUCCUCGCUACCUGAUACCUGCACCACUCUACGCAUGCAACGAAGCCACAAUCAGCGAACUACCAGCCAGCGAGCCAGAAAACGAGUUCGAAGAAGACGAAGACGACGAGCGUCUCGACAACUUCAGCGUGUCUUUCCAAGAAAAAGCACGCAGCCACUUCUCCACCUGGAGCAACGACUCCAUCGGCUACAACUCACCCAUCUCAGACAACAACGACGACGCCGUCCUCUCCCCCACCUUCAGCUCCCUCACCAGCAACGACAGCGACAUCGACACACCCCAAGGCCUACUAAUCCACUACUCAUACGCCUCACCCCGGCAAGCCACCUCCCCAAAACACGUCUCCACGGUCCCUGAAAUCCAAACCAUCUCCACCGACACCACCGACAACGAAGAAGAAGAAGAGUCAGAAGAAGAUGUCCAAUCCCCCUACCGCCUCUCCACCCCACCCCAACUCAACGAACUCCGCAUCUCAACCUUCGGCUCCGACCUCUUCAAAGUCGAGACGCAGCACUCUGACGCGUCGUCGCGGCGCUCGUCGAGGCGCCAAGCAGCUUGCUUUGGACUUGGCUUCCAGUAUAGUCUGCCCGAGCAUGAUGUCGGGAGUAAGACUACGCUUGCGGAGGAGACGGUCGUUGCGGAGACGGAGCGCUUGCAGCGUACGAUUAGUGUGCAGAGGGAGAGUUCGAUGAGUGGUGUGCAUGCGCUUAUGGAAGAUUUUGCCUUUCUUGGCGAUGCUGUUAUCUGA